AUGGAAGACCCGUUGAUUGGUAGAGAUAGUCGUGGUGGUGGUACGGAUCGAGUUCGUCGAUCAGAAGCUAUCACCCAUGGUACUCCGUUUCAGAAAGCUGCUGCACUCGUUGAUCUGGCUGAAGAUGGUAUUGGUCUUCCUGAGCAAAUACUUGAUCAGUCGAGCUUUGGGGAGUCUGCGAAGUAUUACUUCAUCUUCACACGCUUGGAUCUGAUCUGGUCACUCAACUAUUUCGCUCUGCUUUUCCUUAACUUCUUUGAGCAACCACUGUGGUGUGAAAAAAAUCCUACACCAUCUUGCAAAGACAGAGAUUACUACUACCUGGGGGAGUUACCGUACUUGACCAAUGCAGAAUCCAUUAUUUAUGAGGCAAGUAGUGAGCUUAUGUCUUGUUUGCCUUUGAUUUUCGCUAUAGAUGCAUAG